AUGGCCACUACGACGACUGUACGCAAAGACCACAAGAAGUGGAAGUGUAACAAAAACAUCUCGGGAAAGCUUUGCGGCACUAUCACCUCAAUGAGCAAUAAAUACUGCGACAAAUGUGAUAAGAGGCGACAGGUCGAUGAUGAAGCACUGGCUUCUGAUGAAUCAUCGAUUGGAAGAUUGUAUCACCUGGCCACCGAUCUGACAGAGCAUUGGGAGUAUACCAGCCCUGAGCCUCUGUAG